UCUUCACAAUCAGUCGCUUUUCAAAUUCGUGCGGAAAACAUACCGAGCAGUGGUGCGACGUGUGCUCAGAAAAACUUGUUCAAAAAAACAUUAGAAAAUCAAGAAAAGAAAAGUAGAAAAAUAGAAAAAUAGAAAAAUAGAAAAAUAGAAAAAUAUCGUAUGUAAGUGUAUCUGAGGGUGAACAGAUUAAAAAGUAUCUCAGCACAGUUCGAAAUCAAAUCAAGGGCAACGCAGCAGACAAUACCGAUUAAACUGAUUUCAAACGCUGCACUCAGUACAAACUCAACCAAAGUCACGCAUCGAACUACGUUGUUAAAUAGACGCUUAGGCACUACGAUUUCUGAUUCCAUUCCACGUACUAUAAACGCAAGCAUAGAGCAUAAGAAUACUAUACUUUUUUUCGAGAGUGAUAUAUGUUUGGAAUACGAGUUCCCCGAAAAAUACUCAGAAAUAUCUCAAGAAAUAAUAUACUUUGUUGCGCUCUUAUACACUUCAUGAUGUCACGCACAGUCAGGUACUUUAAAAUGAUGUACAUCGUAGCUGGCAUACUCUUGAGCAACGAAGAAGUAUGCGAAACAGUCGACCAAAUACAAAUCACACCACGUGUUGAAGUUAAGGACUUGGCACAGCCGAAGAAGCUCCAACGCAAGGAAGAAAAAGUGUCCAAAACUCCCAAGACCUGGUACCAAAAAAUGGAUGUGUUUCUGCUUUUGCCGAAAUUGAAACGCGUACUCACACCAAUGCUCGGCGCUUUCAGCAUAUGGACUAUACCCAAGUUGGUGUUGGACUACUCCUCUGGCUACAUAAGCAAGAAAUUCGUGCUGGAUGGAGACUGUGAUAUGAUCUAUAAUAAAUAAUACAACUACUAAGCUUCCCUACUCGAUUACUUUUUAAUUAGUUUAAGCAAUUUUUACAAACUCUCGGAUGUUAAGUUUCGUUAUAAGACAUAAUUUUCUUAUAUAUAUUUGUAUUACAUAAGGUUAUAUUUAAUACAUAAGGUUAUAUAUUUGUGUUAACACUCAAAAGUACAUAAUUCUGUGAAUUAUAACUAGUAAACCAUAGAGACGUAAAGAUAGACAAGAAAAUUUUAAUAAUUAAUUAAGUUUAGAAACAUUUUUAUACUUGCUUAUCAUUUGUUAAGUUUAAGUGUAAAUUUGGUCCCUUCUAUAAAUUUUCUCUCUUACGAUAAGUUAACAAAUAAAUUACUAUUUAACUUUUAACUUUUAA